AGUGCAACGUCACAUCCGCAGGUGAAAAACAAGAAAACCUUUCGCACACAUGGAGGAGAAUAAUUCCCAGAUACUCGAAAAAGCCCACGCUGAGUUUAAAAGGGAGAAUUUUAAAAUGGCAGAAGAGCUGUACACAAAGUUUAUUUCUUCCUGCUUACAGUCCAGGGAAUGUGAAGCAAGCAGUUUAGCAACUGCUUAUAACAACCGCGGGCAGAUAAAGUACCUCCGGGUGGACUUUCGUGAAGCGGUGGAUGACUACACCUCUGCGACACAAGCUGACAGCCAGUUUGAAGUGCCUUUCUACAACAGAGGGCUAAUUCAUUAUAGACUAGGCUUUUUUGACGAUGCCAAGAGUGAUUUCCAGCAGGCAUUAAAGCUCAACCCGGAUUUUGAAGAUGCCAAAGUGAGCCUUCAACAGACACUUCUGGACCAGGAGCACAAGAUAAACAGGGGAUACUGACAGCUUCUGAACCUACAUGUCACGUGUAACCUCUAAUCCUGCUGAUAACAAAAUGUACACCAGUGCACUUAAUAUCAAUAAUUGUCCAACUGUUUUUAUUCGCUUGUCAUUUUUUUGUUUUUAAAUAUAAAAUCAUUUGCACAAAGAAAGACAGAGCUGAAAAUCAGAGGAUAAUUGAUCUGAUGAAGCAGACGUCCCACUGGAUCAGGGGUCACAGAUGAUGGAUUUUUUUUAAGACGAGCAUUAAUAUUCCUUUUUCACACCGACUCAAGCUCCUCUCAGUUAGUGAAAAAUUGAUAUCCCUUUAUAAAGGGCCGUAUAAGACUGUGACUGGACACUGCAGACUUAUCGACCGAUCAGGUGAAAGCUUGAUAAAUGUUGAAGCCCCCUGUUGAAGGUUGUAGGAGAGGCUUUGUGACUUUAAAUGAACCCUAAUCAGAAGCUGACAUAAAAUAAUAAUGAGGAAUGUCUCAGCUGCAUAAAGCACACUUUGUGUCCUAAAUUGAAGCUCAGACACAGCUUAAGUUUUAAUACAACAAGGUGAUGUGGUUUUAAAGGAAGGAAGUCAGCAAAUAUAGAAACAACAAACAUACACAGAAGACAAUAUAAAUAUAAUAUAGACAAAUGUAAAUAGAAUCACAAAUCAAUGACAAUAAAUUUUUUAAUGACACAUGUCUGUCUCGCGCUUGCUUAUUCACACAAAUACAGAUUUUGUGAUGUCCUACGAGAAGC